AUGUCUAUUGCUGGAGUAAUCCGACUUAAGCAAGCAGAACAUGUUAAAAGUGAACGUGCAAUUCUAGAAACCAUUACUCAUCCUUUCAUUGUAAACAUGAGUUGGUCCUAUCAUGAUAAUAGUUUCUUGUAUAUGUUGUUGGAGUAUGUUCCUGGAGGAGAGUUAUUUUCUUACCUACGGAAUGCUGGACAUUUUGAGGUGGAAACAGCUAACUUUUAUGCCUGUGAGUUAAUCUGUGCACUUGAAUUCUUACACGGAAAAUCCAUUGUUUACCGAGACUUGAAGCCAGAAAAUCUGCUUCUAGACACCGAGGGCCACAUGAAGAUUACAGAUUUUGGAUUCGCAAAGAAACUCUGGGACAGAACAUGGACACUUUGUGGUACUCCUGAAUAUCUUGCACCAGAAAUUAUCCAGAGUAAAGGUCACAAUAAAGCAGUUGAUUGGUGGUCGCUAGGAAUUUUAAUCUUUGAAAUGUUGGUUGGAUGUCCUCCAUUUUUUGAUGAUAAUCCAUUUGGAAUUUAUGAAAAGAUUCUUGCAGGGAAAAUCGAUUGGCCAAAACACAUGGAUCUUGUUGCCAAAGAUUUGGUCAAAAAACUCUUGGUACAAGAUCGAACAAAAAGACUAGGAAACAUGAAGGUAAGUAAUACAUAUUUCUUUUUUAAUUUUUAA